CCAGUGGGCAGUGCCCUGGCAAAAUUAUGGCUAGAUACAUCGUAUCAAAACAGUUCGAACAAACUUGAAUUUUGAAGGACUUAUUUUUUAAUUUAUGACGAGUUAUCACUGAUUCUAUUAACCUCUGCUUAUACAUAUUUCUGCUUUCUUGCAUUUCUGACUUUGGUGUUUUUAUGAUGCCAAAAUAACUAACUAAAAUCUAAAUAGCUACCUAAGUUAGCUAGUACAUGUCUUUCAGUUUUUUUCAGUAAAAAUUCAUAAUAUCAUAUUUACCUCUUUAUUAAUAGCUUUAUGUCUUGAUAUAUAUCCAAUUAUCCAAAUAUCUUUCAAAUGCUCCAUGGCUCUACUGGAUGAUGAAAACCGCCUGACAGUAGAGUUUACUUCUGUGUCAACUGGUGCAGAUUUCACAGAAUACAACAUCAUUGUACAUGUGGGAAAUGUGCAAUGGGCUGUCAAACAUCGUUAUAAGGAUUUCCAGUGUCUUCACCAACGUCUCACUACUAACCAUGGAAUUUCUAAACAUCUUCUACCACCCAAGAAAAUCAUUGGAAACAAGGAUCCUACUUUUAUUGAGAGAAGAAGAAUUGACUUACAAGCUUAUUUGCAGGGUGUUGUUGCAUUGAUGCAGCGUGCCAUAGCUGAUGAACUCGCCGAGUUCCUCUUGCUGCCACAGUAUGAGAUGUUGUACCUGGGACGUAGUCUGGCUUCUGAUCAGCGCUUCACAUCUCAUCAAAAACAAACGCAGCUCACUGUGCUGGAGAUGCAUGCAGUGAGUACAAUUGAGCUGUGCGCAUCACAUCCCACAUCAGGGGGCAUGCACGACAUGGUGCAGUUGGCUGAGGGUGCUGCUCGUAUGCGGUCUCUCACCAUCACAGGAUCCUGGCACAAGUGGCGUGAGAGCAAUAUCAUUCCAAAUGAGCUGGAAUUCAACUUCAACCUGUUCAAGAAGCUACACAUGCUUCACCUCCAAGAUUGUAACGUGUUGAAGAUCACUGAUGCAUCCAGUCUACGCAGAAGCCUUGUUAAGUUGAAUGCUCCAGGAUGCGGCUUACAGCGCAUAUGUGACUUAUUAUUAUGUGACGCUGUACACCGCUACUUCAGUGAAGAGGACAUGGAAGUUCUUCAAUCCUUGCCUCAGUGGGCUCCUCUGAAAGACCUAAACCUUAGCAACAAUGCCAUUGCAUCUAUUGACCUCUCUGUGAGCUUGUGUCGCAAACUUGAGACUAUUAAUCUUUCAGGAAACAAGUUAUCCAGUUUAGAUUAUCUCACCAAACUUCCAUACCUGAUAUCAGUUGUGGCGUCUAAUAACUCGAUAGUUGAAUUGCCUGACUUGCAUACCAAGCUUGGCAACCUUGUCCACUUAGACUUGUCAAGAAAUAAAAUGAGGUCUCUCAUUGGGCUUGCAUGUUUAUAUUCUCUGGUGUCAUUAGACGUUUCAAGUAACUUGAUUACAGAUAUCAAGGAAGUAGAACAUUUGUCGAAAUUACCAUGUUUAGAGGACGUGGUUCUUACUGGAAAUCCAGUUGCUACCAUUGUAGACUACCGCACGAAAGUGCUCGAGUGUUUUGGCAGCCGAUGUUCAGAGAUCUGUCUCGAUUUAGAACGCCCAACACAGCGAGAACUGGACAAAGUUGCUGUCUUGCAGGCGCUUCGCUCGGCAAAGGAGAGUAACGUGAGCAAGUUGCCGGUGUUGAGUAUGACGAGUCCUGUAUUGCCUUUGCAGGUUACUGCAUCUUCUACCGUACUUAUGCCCGUACCUGAUCUUGCUACUGCUGUAGAGGAGGCUACGAAACUUGAGUAAAAUGUUCCGACGUUUAAAAUUCGAUUAAACGGUUAUUAAUUGUAAAUGUAUAAUCGUAGUUAUUGUUUUAUCAUGAAGAAAUUCACUGAAAUACUUUUUAGUUUUGUACAAAGAAUUGCUAUUGCACUCACACUGCCAGCUUUUUACUUACAUGUAUUGAUAGACCUUCUACAAAAGGUUUCCUUCAAGAUUUUCAGUACCAUCUCAUGUUGACCAAUUGCAAAUUUUGACUCGGAAACUUAUCUUACUACUUCUAUACAUUGCAACAUUGGCAUCAUUUUAGUGAUGACAAGACAGCACAAUGUGGUUUCCAAUUUAAGGGUUUAAAUAAUUUAAUUUUGUUAUAUAACUAUUGGAAUGGAAAGUGUACCGUGACCGCUACCUUUUUGUAUUGUAUUUUCGACGAGGGUUUCCAGUGCAAUGUUGUGUCUCAAAUGUACGACAGAGUGAAAGUAAUAUUUACUGAACUGUUCACAACAGUUUAUUUUUAAUGAUUAUUUCUUCCAUUUUGCAGAGUAUUUAGUGAUAGAUCACGUGGGGGCGUGCAUGUACAUUGUGCAUACGUACAAUGAAUGAAUGAAUGAAUGUACAUUCUACAUACUUUGCAUGCUGUAUAAAGUGUCUAUUGUUAUCGUGUACGCUAAGGUAAGCCAACAAGUAACCGUCCUGAAGGUUUGAACUGUUUUCUGGACUUCCACGGUGUCUUGAGUGUAAGAGCUAUGAAAUUAUCCGAAGCCAAAGAAUUUAUGAUCACUUAUUUCGUUAAAAUAUGUGUGGCGAACCUAAAAUCGCUUAUGGUUAUGUUGAAUAUUUUUGCACAAUAAUGCAUAAAUUUGCUUGAAAUGGGAAGAAAAUGGGGUAGAUUUUCGAUAAAAAUAUAGUUAGUUUUGAAACUAAUUUUCAGUUCUCAGUGAAGUUGCGAAUUUAUCUUUUAUCUUAAAUUUCUAUGCAUAGGUAAAUCGCAGCCUUUAUGUAGUUAUUUGUAUCGUCACGUAGCGAUGUUAUCAAAUUUUGUGUUGGUAUUUGAGUGCUUCCUGGGUUUUCGUAAUUGACCUCUACUUUUUAAAAACUCCAUCUCAUGGUGGUGAUGAAUGCCAAUUAGUUUGUAUUUUAGUAUAUCAUUCUGGUACCAGUUCUCUGUGACAUCCGCCAUAGAUCGUAAUCAUUCGCUUCAACACCCCGUAUCUGUAAUCGCGCACAAGCACGGCCCAGAUUGCCGAAACACGAACUCCCAACUGACUGCUUUCUCGCUUAACACGAAUGUUUACAGGAAGCUAAAACGAUUAAGCAAUAAUUCUGUUUUAUGCCAAGUAGUCAUUGUGGGGUCAUUUUGUGUUGACAGAAUAUUUCGUCAAAAUAUUUAUAUAUUGAUUAGUUUGAAAACUGUAUUACUUAUUCCCAUACGAGUGUUCUGUUGUUACACAAGUAUGCAUUCGUAUCAACUAUCUAUGUAUAUUUUUGAGUCUUCUUGUGCUGUAAUCUGGUAAUGUUAAUCGUGAUGCAUUCGAAGGUUCUUGAUAAACAUGAAACUGAAUGAUUAGGUCACGAAUCCCGUUGAUUGCUGUUCGAAUUAUUAGCGAAGUGAGCACAGACAAAUUAGUAAAAAGAAAUAUUAAUAAUUAUCGUACUUUAAAUUUUAACUGGAUACCAGAAUUAUAAACAUCUCAUUAUAUUCCGAGGCACAGUAACUCGUAAAACAUCAUUAAUUAAAUAUCUUGAAUAUUUAUUAUUGUCUGUCAUUCUGAACGACGACAUCACGAACCCACUUAUGUAUUUAUAUUAAAGUUAACUAUUUAAUUCUGUACCUAUUUAAAAUUGAUUGGCUUCGUAAUAUUCAUUUUGGGUCAGUUUUUAUGUUGAUAUUUCUAUGCAAUAAAAUAUUCUUGCU